CCCCGUAGACCUCACCUAUAUCACAACUUUCCCGCCGUUCUUGCAGCUCAGUCUCUACUCCUUACUCAUUUGACAACUGUACAAUGGCAUCUCGUGUGGCCCAAAUUGCUGGUCAUCUCAAUUACCCUAAGGGGUUACUUGCGGGUCAAGUAGCUAUAAUCACCGGAUCUGGCCAAGGUAUCGGCGCGGAAACUGCGAAACUCUUUGCUAAUGAAGGAGCUAAAGUCAUUGUAUCCGAUAUAGAUGGGGGUUUGUGCCUCUAGGUUUCCCCGGGUUUCAAUAGCAGCAAAUACUGACCCAUGAACUACCUUAGCCAAAGCAAAGUCCGUCGCGGACGAAAUAAAUUCAGUUCAAAAUGGCCGCGCGAUCGCGGUCCCAGGCGAUAUGCUCGAUGCCGAAUACCUAAAAGUCCUCGUCAAAAAGGCUGCGGAAUUUGGAAAUGGAAAAAUACAUAUAAUAGUAAAUAAUGCCGGAUAUACCUGGGAUGGCGUAAUCCAUAAAAUGACCGACAAACAAUGGGAAAAUAUUCUCGCGCUCCACAAUACCGCCCCUUUUAAACUCAUCCGCGAAGCUGCUCCUUAUUUUCGCGUCACUGAUGGCGAACCUCGAUCUAUAGUAAAUAUAUCCUCUACAUCCGGCGUGCAUGGUAAUGCUGGACAGGCCAAUUACGCGGUUGCUAAAUCGGGGAUUAAUGGACUUACGAAAGUUAUUGCGAAGGAAUGGGGUCCGAAGUUUGGAGUGAGAUGUAAUAGUGUGGCUUUUGGACAUAUAUUGACGAGAUUGACUGCUGCAAAGGAAGAAGGCGCUUUUGUGACGACGCCUGAUGGUGAGAAAAUUGCGCUGGGGAUACCAAAGGGUCAGGGGAGUCAGGCGACGGAUGCAAAUUUGGAUAUUCCGUUAAGGAGGGCGGGGACGGCUGAGGAGGCGGCGAGAAGUAUUUUGGCCGUGGCGAGUCCGUUGUUUGGGUAUGUGACUGGGCAGGUUAUUAUGGUUACCGGAGGGAGGAAUAUGUAGGUGGGCGUUUACAUAAUGAAGAUGGUGUAUUUUUAGCUAUGUGUCCAAAUUCUGGUACAUACUUCUUGAGCCAUAUUUUCCGUUGAUUCAAAUAUUGGCCUAUCAAAUCAUAUGGUUUUCUGGUUUAGCAUUGUUGAAUAUAUGUAGAUCUCAAUCACAUUACCAGCAGGUCACUCCCAUGUGACUAAGGCAAUGGGCGGGAAAGAUAAAU